GUGGUCCUGCAUGUUGUACCGGAAAAAUAUUUAAAUUGUCACGUAAUUAACCCUUUCAUAAUAAAAUAUAAACCAUUCCACUAUUAUAUUUAACAAAAAAAAUUAUAGGUACUAACAUAGUAUUUUACAUUAGUAGAGAUUCUAUUAACAUGACAUACAACAAAUAUACAAAAUAAACUGCAUAAAUGGCAUUCUGCUGGACCAAAUGUGAAUAAUAAUGAUCGAAUUAAAUUUUUUUUCCGAUCUUGGUCGCGACUCAAAUAUUUCACAUAACAAAUGAAAUGUGGCAUGUUCGCGGCGCCAAAGUUCCAAUUAAUCUUAAAUUUCAUUUGAAAGUUUUCUCGUAUUCGACGGGCACUGGAAAACCAUUUGCUGCAAUACCAACGCCACGCUGUUUGCCUUUAAUUGGUCACGGAUACCUUUUUGGGCCUGGAGGUGGUUUCAGCGCAGAGAAAUUGACAGAAGCUGUCUAUGAAUUAAGCACUCGUCUGGGUUCCGUUUUCAAGCUUCGUCUGAACGGAGAGGAUAUAGUCAUUACUGUAGACGCUUACGACACACGUGAACUUUUUCGCCAUGAGGGGCGGUAUCCCUAUCGCCCAACGUUCCCGGCACUCUACCAUUUCCGCCAGAAACAGUUCAGAAGCAUUGGCAUCGUUCCUGGGAACGGCGCGGAGUGGCACAGGUUCCGGGCGGCCGUGCUGCCUCUCCUGCGGCCCGCCGUGGUGCAGGCGUACGCCGCGCGGCAGGACGAGGUGGCGGGCCGGCUAGCGCGCCACAUCCGGGCGCUGCGGGCGGCCGACGGGCUGCUGACGGACGUCUUCCAGUUCCUGCUCCACUUCGCAGUCGAAGCCAUCUCGGUCACGAGUCCCGGCGAGGUGUUCCCCUGCUUGCGGGAUGACGGCGAGGCCCGGGAGGUGGUCGGCGCCAGCGUGGACUUCAUGGACGGACUGUACCAGACGCUCAUCGGCCUGCCCCUGUGGCGGCUGUACAGGACGGCCGGCUACCGCAAGCUGGAGCGCUCCCACGCUGUCAUCUGCAGGAUUCUUGAAAAGAAUAUGAAGGAAAUGAAACUAAAACAUGAAAGAAACCCUGAAGAAGUUAAAAAGAUGCAUCCAUUCAUGGCCUCCUUGUUUGAAAACCCAACACUCAACUGGGAUGAUGUGGUCAUGUUGGCAAUGGAGAUAUUCCUUGGAGGAAUCGAUGCUACGGCGACGACCUUGACGAUGACGCUGCACUACCUGUCGCGCGACGGGCGUGCCCAGGAGAGGGCGCGCGCGGAGGCGCUGGGCUCCGGAGACGUGCAGCACGCUCCCUAUCUGCGGGCGUGUCUCAAGGAGACGCUGCGCCUGUCUCCCACGGCCGGCGCCAACAGCCGCUACCUGGCCCAGCCGGCCCUCGUCGGCGGCUACAGCGUCCCGGCGGGGACGCUGGUGUCUUCGUUCGGCUCGGUGACCUCCCGGAGCGAGAAGUACUUCAAGGACGCGGACGCGUACGCCCCCGAGCGCUGGCUGCGCGGCUCCGGCGAGCCCGCCCACCCGUUCGCCUCGCUGCCGUUCGGCCACGGCCCCAGGAUGUGUCCCGGGAGACGCCUCGCCCUGCAGGAGAUGCUGCUGCUGCUCCGACAGUUGCUUCGCAGGUUUGAGAUUUUGAGCGCCGACGGCAAUAUGAACUUGGGGAUGGUAUAUCGAAUGAAUCGAAUCCCAGAAAGACCAGUCCAUCUGUACUUCAAGGACAUCUGAGGAAGUUACGCAAGUUCAACUCUUUUCCCGGGGGGGGUGAAAAAGAAGAAGAAGAAGACUAAGUCAGUAGAAAUUAAUAAUAGAAAGUGAAGAAAGAUAAUGGAUACAUUUAGGGCAGCUGUCUAUGAUAUACGUACAAGAAGAUGCAUAUAUAUAAUUUUUUUUAUCAGUGCAUUUUAUUUGAGUGCCAAUAAAAUAUUUUUGUAUUGAUAAUCUUUCUUGAAUAGGAAUCUUAGUGUAAUUCACUACUGUAUUGUACCAUUGUUUAAGUUGGCAACAUUGAGGCAUGUUUGAACAGAGGCAACUGACGUUACAUGGUCUUGGAUUGUCUCUAAAGCAGGCUUGUGCAAAUAUUAAAA